AUGGGUACUGCGCCACAAAGUCUACUAGAGGACUUUCUAGGAAGUGUCAAUACUCAGAGCAAUGGUGUGUUCUAUUGCCAUUCUACCAUAGUAGGAGAUGACGAGGAUCUUAUGGGGUUUAGCUCAGAGGAGGAAGACGAUAGACAGAGCAAUACCGAAAAUGAGGAUAAUGAUGCACAAGACUCGCAGGCUAGGGGCUCUGAGUCGAGUUCCACGGUGGUGGAUCCCGCGCAAGAGCUCAAUGAACAGCAGCAAUCAACUGAAUGCAAGCUUACCGUAGAGAGUCAUGCGGACAUUGCCGGUCCAGUGGUUGCUGCUCCGGCUACCCAGGACGACCGUACUGUGCCUCAAUAUCGCCACUUUUUUCAAAACUCAAAGUCGUCUGACAUGGUAUCGAAAGAUUCGCCGUUGGCAACGGAAAUCCAUUUGAAAGCAUCACAGCCCGACACCAAAACAGCCGACAUCCCCAGCCCAAUGGAAGCAGAGAACCAAGAACAAGAUGCUGAUGCAGAUACCAAAACCGCUUCAGUGAAAGUCGACAAGUCGCCUGAAUGCAGCGAACCAGAAAUUAUUGUUUUACGAAAGGGUUCUCAUGAGUUUCCACCAGGUAUUACUUUUCGCGAUGUUCCAAAAUAUGCCAAAAUUCGAGAUGUCCUGACCAUGGUUCGCGUUCUGCAUGCUCGAAUUCGCUCGAUUCUUUUCUCACCAGGCCCAGCUGCCACAAUCAAAUUAUACUUUGCUGAUCAAGCGGCUCACGACCUCUUCCUCGACCAAGCAAGAAAAGGUCGAGUUAAUUCUCCGUGGAAGAGAGACUUGAGUAUUGUAAUUGACAAAGAGGAUCAGCUCGUUCCAAGUGACGAAGAGUUGGCGCCGAUGCACGCAACUCGGAUUCUUCAAAUCACUAAUAUUCCCACGAAGAAGUUGAAGUUUGAUACUGUCCUUCAAAGCUUACAGUGCUCCAACCCUGGUCACGCCUUCCAGUUGGAAAGAGCUUUGAUAUUCAAACGCGGCAACACUGGCGACGCUUCAAUUAUGCAACUCAACUUUUUGAGCAUCCGUGAUUCGGUCAAAGCGAAGAUAAGCUUUGAGAGGGGAGACUUGUGCAUUCGUUUCCCAUUGAUCAAGGUGGACUUUGCAGAGGAUGAGUGUUCUAGCACUGCCAAAGUCGUUCCGCCCAAGCUCAUCUUGCAGUCUCGUGGCUCUGACGUUCCGGAGACGAGUCCAGAUAAUCGACUAUCAGCUAUCGGCCUUUUAAUACUCCCUGCCGUUUCAGUCGCUCAGCCCGCUCCUGCCAAAAUACUGGUUGCCAAGCCUAUCCCGGUUGCGGCGCCAGCUCAGGCCCGUAAGAAAGGCCCAUUGCCAGGACCAGUCAAUGGCAUCUACAUCAGAUCAUUGCCAGACCUGACAACUCCAGGCCAGCUGCUCUCAUCCUUUAGAGGAGGAGCUGUGUUGUGUGUAGAAAUGUUUAAAUACGGCGACCGUCAAGCCAUCAUUUAUUUAAAGGAUCCAAACAACCACAGCGCAUCAGUGACGCGUAUGAAGAACAAUAAAGGAUUUUUGCUUUUGAAGGAUCAUGGACAAGCCGGAAAACGCUAUGCAGUGUGCGGGACAGCGCAUCAAUGCCCGAUAGGACGAAUCAACGACCCUUUAUCCACGCGCCGAGUCUCUUUCGUGUUUGACAACAUCGUUGCCAAUAAUGUAUUUGGAACAAAGUAUCUUGAGCAAUAUACUCAAAAACACGGCGCCAUCAAAAUGGAGAGCGCUGAAGCUCCGGAGCGCCGUUUGAUUGCGAAGCCGACGUCUCGGCAGGAAGUGAUUUUGAGCUACUCGAACAUUGCCAUGGCAGUUGAGGCCAAGCGCGUCCUCGAAACGCUAAAGGUUGUCGGAGCUACGCCCGUCAUCAAGUUUGCGCCAGAUCCUUGUGCCGGUCCUUGCCGCUAG